AUGGCGAUGGUGCAGGUGGAGUUUGAGUAUGAGUACACAGCCAAGGACGGGGCUCUGGUCUCCAUCAAGCCCAACGAAAGGUACAUCCUGGUCUCCAGGACCAAUGACUACUGGUGGCAUGUCCAGAAGGACCAGAGGACCAAACCCUUCUAUAUCCCUGCCAAGUAUGUGAGGGAGCUCUCUGUGAAGACCCAGGGCCCACUGGACCUCACUAAUUCUGGGACUCAGAGUCGCACAUUCUUGCAGUCAACGACUGACAGAGAGCCACUGGACAUGUCUAACAAAGGUCAAAGGUCAGACGCUGUGACGAAGGUCCGCAUGUCCACGGAUCACUCUGCGAGAGCCACCACUCACAGGAUGUCCACGUUCGGGGUAUCACAAGACAUUGAUGAAAUCAAGCAUUAUGAGCACAUGAAGACCAUGGUGGGACUGCAGACCUCCAAUAACGAGACUAGAGAUAUCCCGCCACAUGAUCUGAAGAGGCGAAGUUUAGCUCCAGGUUUCUCAUUCACCUCAGCCUCAGACGCUCAAGGUGAGACUCUGGCCUCUGGAACAGAUGAGACUCCAGGGGAGACUCUGGCCUCUGGACCAGGUGAGACUCCAGGUGAGACUCUGGCCUCUGGAACAAGUGAGACUCCAGGUGAGACUAUGGCCUCUGGAACAGGUGAGACUCCAGGUGAGACUCUGGCCUCUGGAACAGAUGAGACUCCAGGUGAGACUCCAGAUGAGACACUGGCUUCUGGAACAGGUCAGACUCCAGGUCAGACUCUGGCUUCUGGAACAGGUCAGACUCCAGGUGAGACUCUGGCCUCUGGAACAGAUGAGACUCUGGCCUCUGGAACAGGUGACACUCCAGGUGCGACUCUGGCCUCUAGAAUAGGUGAGACUCUGGCCUCUGGAACAGAUGAGACUCUGGCCUCUGGAACAGGUGACACUCCAGGUGAGACUCUGGCCUCUGGAACAGAUGAGACUCUGGCCUCUAGAACAGAUGAGACUCCAGGUGAGGCUCUGGCCUCUGGAACAGGUGAGACUCCAGGUGAGACUCUGGCCUCUGGAUCAAAUGAGACUCCAGGUGAGACUCUGGCCUCUGGAACAGGUGAGACUCCAGGUGAGACUCUGGCCUCUGGAACAGGUGAGACUCCAGGUGAGACUCUGGCCUCUGGAACAGGUGAGACUCCAGGUGAGACUCUGGCCUCUGGAACAGGCUUGGCUCUCUGUUGCAUGAAGCAUUUUGACUGUGACUCAGUGUCACUUAGCCUCAACCUGGUCAAGGAGAGUGUCCAGAACGCCGUGUACGUCAAUGUAGCGGAGCUCGGCAGAAACAUCUCUGAGUCCCCUCCCUCAGCCUUCAACCCUCCCUGCACUCCUCCAUACCUGGACUCUAAGGGAUGGGAGGUGCACACUGACCAGGAGAGUGGACGGGAGUACUACUACCACCCCGAAUCGGGGCAGACCACCUGGGACAACCCCUACAUAGACCUUGAGGCUCCCGCCGAGGUGUCUGUGUGUUCGCCCUCCUCUCAGUUCCCCUCCCUGUCCCCCACCUCCGCCUCCCCCCCUGCAUGGACCUCUGACUGGAAGCAGUGUUUGGAUGUGACUAGCGGCCGCCAGUACUUCUACAACCCAGUAUCGGGGGAGACGUCUUGGGAGCCCCCAGAGCCACAGUGCCCCUACCCCCCUCUGAUGGAGCCUCUGAGUGGGCUCCGGUCUCUGGAGGAAGGGCCGCCUCCCCUGCCUGAGGAGGACUACCAAGCAGAUGACUACCAAGCAGAUGACUACACAGCCGAGGUUGACCUACCAGAAGAGGAGUUGUUGGCUGUGUCCCCUGUGACCCCUCACUCCUUCCCUAAGGACUACACCCCCAGCCAUGUGACCCGGGCAGUCAUCCCCAGGGCCAGCCUGGACAGGAGCGCCCCAACGGGCUGGAACCUCAACAUAGACCCUGAUGGGACUUGGGUGUUCUCCAACAGACACUCACCUGAUCAGUGGAUCAAAUCGUUGGAUGACAGAGGACUGACGUACUACUACCUUAGUGAUGGCUCCAGAUCCCAGUGGAACCUGCCUGAGGCCCCUGUAGUGUCAGGCCAGUCCAAGGUGGGGAACAGUGUUAAGCUGGACAGGGUCUCUUUAACGGUCAUGAAGAACUGGAGACACACCAUGGGUGCAACUUAUGUCAGCUCAGCCCUGCAGGAGGUGAUCAAGUCCAAUCAGAUCGUCCCAGAGGUCACGGUGGAUCUACGAGGGGCAAAGAUUGGCUGGGCUCCCAGGGAUAAAUCCAGCAAAAAGAAUGUUGUAGAAUUGAAAGACAGAAAUGGCGUUGAGUUUCUGCUACAGUAUGACACUGAGAGUAUCAUCAACGACUGGCACAAAGUUCUAAUGGACAGCAUACGACAGCUGGACCAGGAACACCACCAAUCUGAGGAGGAGGAUGGGGACGUCAGUGAGAAGUCCUACAGUAUAGCCAGAGAUCAGAGGUCACCAGGUACCAUGGACAGGAGGAGGAGGUCUUCCAGACCGAGCACGGCCACCUCCUCUGGGGGAGAGACCGAACAGAAGAAGGUUCGUACCAAGCUGAUGAAGUUCCUCCUGAAACGACCCACACUGCAGUUCGUCAAGGAGAAGGGUUACAUCCGAGACAAUGUGUUUUGCUGUCAUCUGGCUGCACUGUGUGCCCAGGAGAAAACUACAAUCCCCAGCUUUGUGGAGAAAUGUAUUCGAGCAGUGGAAAAGAGAGGUCUGGACAUGGAUGGACUCUACAGAGUCAGUGGGAACCUAGCUGUCAUUCAGAAACUACGCUUCAAGGCAGAUCAUGAGGAGCUGGACCUGGAGGAUGGCCAGUGGGAGGACAUCCACGUUAUCACAGGGGCUCUGAAGCUGUUCUUCAGGGAGCUUCCUGAACCCCUUUUCCCCUUCAGUCACUUCAGCCGCUUCAUCCAGGCCAUCAGAACUGUUGAUUACCACCUCAAAGUGUCUUUCAUGCGAGAGCUUGUUGAGUCUCUCCCUCGGCCAAACCAUGAUACCAUGGAACUCCUCUUCAGCCAUUUACGCAAAGUGAUAGAGUAUGGAGAGGAGAACCGUAUGACUGUGCAGAACGUGGCUAUCGUCUUUGGUCCCACGCUGCUCCGGCCAGAGAUGGAGUCAGCCAAUAUCACCAUGCACAUGGUUUUCCAGAACCAGAUAGUGGAGCUAAUCCUCAACCAAUACGAAUACAUCUUCCAUUCCAGUUGAACCAAUGGUAAGCAUCUGUCAGUCAGAGGACGGGUCAAAUUAAGCAAUAUUGCAGGAGGGGAAAAAACACAAUCACUACCGCACAGAGGGUGCAUCCAACUAAUCUUUCCUUCUUUCUAAAGUGUGCACUUGUUCACUACUCUGCACACAUUGGAUUGGUGUAGCAUGGACUAGAGGGAGUUUAAAUAUAGGCCUACCUGUCAUUUCCUUUCAAAUCCAUGAAGGGAAGGGAACAAGCGCACACUACAGGAGAAGAGAGAUUGGGAGGCAACCACGGAGAAGCUAGUUGAAGGGGAUGUCAAAUAUUUGCACUGCAUUUAUUGUAAUAUCUUCAUUGGAUAAUCAUUAACCAAUUCAGAUUGUUCUCUGAAUUUCUGCAACUCAUUGCAUUCCUCAUUGUGAAAUAGCACACCUGCUCAAGGCAUCACUUAUGUGCAAUCUAAAAAGACAUGUGGGUUGCUAUAGGCCUACUUUGAAAUCUUCCUUUCAUGUAGAAAUGUAAC